AGGGAUGGAAGAUAGACUUUUGCUGCUGCCCAACCAGCGCACCCAUGCCGCUGGGGGGGAUUGACAGCAUGACCUACCCCACCUUCCAUGAAGCUGCGGAGGAGCUGAGCCGGCAGGCCACGAUCCGGGCGGCUGGCGCGCAAGGACAGGGGCAGCAGGCCGGCAAUGAAGGCAUGAGGAACGCGCCCAUGCUGCCGGCCGACUCCGGCGCUUCAGCAAUCGACAAAGAAUUCCUGUCGCUGGCCUCAGGGGCAGCUGGCGGCACAAUGUACAGCGAGUUUGUGCCGCGCCGGGCGCAAGAGAAGGUGUUCUCUCCCUCAGCGACCGCGCUGCCAACGGUCCGCUCAUCAGCCAUAGGGUCCAGUGCCUCAACAGGCACAGCCACCACCAGCCAUGCCGUGCCCAUGGAGCAGAGCAGUUCUGUGGUGUCUCCAAAGGAUCACGAAGACAAAGCACAGGGCUGUGGAUGCUGGCCCUUUGGCCGCUAGCUAAUGAAAAUGCGUGAUAGCUGCGUGAACAGAUUUUUGGGCCGGGAUCUUGGCCCCUACCAAUUUGAGAGUCGGUACUGCCAUAAUUCUUCCGUUUGGUCUUUGAUGGCGCCCAAAUUACAGAAUACACCUUGAGCAUGCACUGAAUUGAAGCGUGAAGUGCUUGUUGGCUGAUGGGGCCACAC